AUGUACAAAAAUAUCACAGAGAUGGAAAGCAUAAGAGGCAACCAAUCUUACGAAGCAUUCCCAAUGAAUGGUGGAGAAGGCCAAUAUAGUUAUGCUCAAAAUUCCAACUAUCAGCGAAAGGGAGCAGAUAUUACCAAACACAUCGCAAAAGAAGCCAUUCUUGAGAAUCUUGAUCUUGAAACGGCUUUGCAACAUUCCUCUAAUGUUUUCCGUAUAGCAGAUUUGGGUUGUUCAGUUGGACCUAACACAUUCUUCACUGUCCAAAACAUCAUAGACUCUGUGAACCUCAAGUUUCAAUCUCAAGGACAUGGUUUAGAUUCAUCACUUGAAUUUCAAGUGUUCUUCAAUGAUCAUGCUGGUAAUGACUUCAACACACUUCUCAAGUCUCUUCCUGAGGACAAGCAAUACUAUGCAGCAGCAGUGGCUGGUUCAUUUCAUGGCAGAUUGUUUCCAGAAUCAAGCAUUCAUGUCUUCAAGUCAUCUUACGCUCUUCAGUGGCUCUCAAGGGUGCCCAAAGACGUAGUUGACAAGAAUUCUCCUGCAAAUAAUAAAGGCAGAAUUUACUUUACAAAUGAAGAUAAGAAAGUUGCAGAGGCUUAUUCUGCACAAUUUGAAAGAGACAUGGAAAGCUUUCUGAAUUCAAGAGCCUUGGAACUUGUUCCUGGAGGUAUCAUGACUCUUAUCAUUCUCUGUGUCCCGCCGAAUUCAGGGAACGGAUUUGAAGAUAUUGCAAAUAUCAUGGGGAAUGUUCUUGUGGAGAUGGCCGAUAAGGGCUUAAUAAGCAAUGAAUUGGUAGAUUCCUUCAACGUACCUAUGUACGUACCAACAUCAAAAGAGGUAAAAGUAUUGAUUGAGAAGAAUGGGAAUUUCAAAGUUGAGAGGUCAGAAUUAUUAUUUCGCUUAAUUGACAAGAAGCAAGAACCAGAUUCCCAGAAGAUAUGCAUGCAAAUGAGAGCUGCGUGGGAAGGGCUUUUCAAGGAGCAUUUUGAGCAAGAGAUUGUGGAUGACAUAUUCCUUCAAUAUGAGAACAAAUUGGCAGAAUCCAACUUGCUUUCAGUUUCAGACCCAACUUACAAGCGCUUGGGAGGAUUAUUUGUCAUCAAGGUCAAUGUUAAAUAUUUUGAAUGA